AUGACAAAAAGAAACUUUCUGGAUAUCCUGCGUAGAGUCCGUCUAAAGCUAACCACUACAAAGGUGAUCGACGAUGGGAAAUUGAAGAUUCACAACCCCAAAUCGGAGAACCAAUCCCCCAAAACCCACAUCAAAAAAGGGAAUGGACUUGCCACUCCACCACUUGAGUGGCUGUGGACCAAACGAUCAAACCUCGAUGUGGAAUUGGACAGGGCCUCAUCGGAGCCGGAACCGAAAGGGAAUGAGGACUUCUGGCAGAACAUCAAGCGGGUGCUGUUGAUCUGCGGCGGUAAGGAGAAGCCUGGCGACAUUGAGAACAAGUACAUACUGGAGUCCACCGGCAAGUUGGUGGAGAUAAUGGAGGCCCAGCGGUUCGUUAAGGAAGUCUUUGCCGCCCUGGACGUGCCCAUGGACUCGGCGACGGAUAUGGCAGAUUCUUUGAUUGGCGCCGAUUACAUGGGUCACCGAUCCAUGGGUAUCCAACGGCUACCGUCGAUUGCUGCCGACCUCCUCAAUUCCACGGUGGCGGCACGUGCUGUGCCCGAGAUUAUUUCACAGAAGCCGGCUGUGGCUUUGGUGGAUGGCUGCAAUGCUCCCGGUCCGGUGGUGGGCAGGUUCUGCAUGGAUCUGGCGGUGCAGAAGGCUCGUAGGGUGGGCAUUGGCUGGGUGGGUGCCCGACAUUCCAACUGCAUUGGCAUGGCCUCGUGGUAUACCUGGCGGGCCAUGGAUCAGCGCAUGAUUGGCAUUUGCAUGUCGAACGCAGCUCCUACUCUAGUGCCCCCCCGCGGCACAGAGGCGGUCCUUGGCGAAAAUCCUAUAGCCUGUGCUGCCUCUGGGGCAACGGAACAAUUCGUCGCGGAUUUCGGUAUGUCCGCCUGUUCGGUGGCAGAUCUGGAGCUGUCGUCCUGCAAUGGCAAAGCGCCGAAGCUACCGAGGCUGGCGGCCCUGGGCUGUGACGGCAGAGAGACGACAUCCACGCCUGAGGCACUGCGCUCCCAGCGCCUGCGGGCCUUUCAGCCAGAGUACAAGGGAUUUGGCUUGGCUGCCAUGGUGGACAUUAUGUGUGGCGUGAUGACCGGCGCCGGCUAUGCAACAAGGCUGCAAAAGCGGGGCUCAUACAACCCGGAGAAUGCCCCAGCGAAUUUGGGCCAGGUGUACAUUGCCAUUGAUCCGGUGCGAUUCUGUGCCUCUUUUGAGGAUCGUCUCAUCGACUUUCAUAGCCUGCUCCGUGGAGCCACGCCCUGCCAGAAGGAUCAGCCACCUCUAGUGCCUGGCGACAUGGAAAUCUCGCAUAUGGCGGCAGUCGACGAUCAGGGCGGUAUCUUUUUGUCUCCCUGUACGUUGGGAGUUCUCAAGGAAUUAGCGGACAAAUUGGACAUCAGGCCACUGCAGAUGAAGCCAGUGUAGGAACGCGAAUGUUUUCCCAUUUUAAAGAUACGUUUUUUUUUCGUUAUUUUCUUGAAAUCACAUUUCAGGGAAAAAGUUUCAGCUUUUCUCUCGCCUCCUUUGCUCCUUCGCCCCACUAAUUAUGGAGCGUUAAAAUAUUCAAAAGUUCACUUCACAACAAGACCCCACGCAAUAAAAAGAAAAUUCUGCAUAA